AUGGAUAAUCAAACAGCAAUACCUUAUUUUCUGCUCCUGGAAUUAUCAAAAAAUCGUCACCUGCAGCUUUUGCAUUUCUUCUUCUUCUUUGUGUUAUAUCUGGCAACUCUAACAACCAAUCUUCUCAUCAUCACUGCAGUAGCUUUUGACCAUCAACUUCACAGUCCCAUGUACUUCUUUCUCAUGAAUUUAGCUCUGCAGGACCUGGGCAUUGUAUCAGUCACUAUGCCCAAAUCCAUGAUCAAUUCUCUCAUGGAUACCAGACAUAUCUCUUAUUUUGGUUGUGUUGCUCAAGUGUUUCUCUUUCUGUCCUUCGAAGCUUCUGAUGUAUCCAUCCUGACAGUCAUGGCAUAUGAUCGGUAUGUUGCCAUUUGCAAUCCGUUGCACUAUGAAAUGGUGAUGAAUUGGAAAACCUGCAUUGAAAUAAUCAUUCUGGUGUGGGUUGCAGGUGUUUUCUGUGGAAUCUUACAUACAAUAGGGACUUUUUCAGUACUUUUUUGUUCUAAUGUUGUCAACCAAUUCUUCUGUGAAAUCCCACAAUUGAUAAAACUAUCCUGUUCUGGCUUCAAUCUAGUUGAGAUUGGAAUUGUUGUGGCUAACAUCACUGCUGCAUUAGGUUGUUUUAGUUUCAUUUUCAUAUCUUAUGGAGUGAUUUUCAAGGCAGUAUUGAAAAUCCCUUCUGAACAAGGAAGACAGAAAGCCUUAUCCACUUGUAUUCCCCACCUUAUAGUAGUGUCUGUGUUAAUAUUAAGUGUAUGCUUUGCCUAUUUAAGACCUUCCUCUAACACUUCAUCUGAAUUGGAUUUUGGGUCAACUGUUGUAUAUUCCCUUCUUCCACCCCUGUUCAAUCCAAUCAUCUAUAGCAUGAGAAAUAAGAAUAUCAAAUUAAUCCUUUAUAAAUUGUGGAGAUUCUGA